UGCAAAAGUUAUUUGCUCAACGUGACGUCCAUCAUUAUCCAAUCUGUGUGCCCCGAAAUAAGUUACCAAAUUAACUAAUCGUAGUUAGUUAUUCAUCAAGUAAACAACUACAAGUAUCUAGUUACUAAUUAACUGAGUUUUUCCAGUUUUUCAUUUAGCUGCAAAUAUAAAUUAAAUUAUUGUACAUUUCUAAACUCAUUAACUUGAUAACUAAGUUAUAGUUUCAACAGUUGAGAGUUGAAUUUUUUCAGUUUUACAUAUCAACUGUUAACGGUUUCUCAUUCUAGCUGCCGAUUUUCAAAAUAUCAUUAAACUUCUCAGGAGACAGUUGGUUUGUUCGAGUAACUAAUAUUUUGGUUGAAUUGUGUUGUGAUAUAAUUAUUUGGAACUGUAUGGUUGUUUUUCUCCAGUGGUAGCUACUGGUAUCAGUAGAGGAUUACUGCAAUUUAUUCAGGCUGUGCUUUGGAAUAUUGAAACUGCACCAACAUGCAGCACCAGUGGCUCACCCUGGUGGCGGCCAUUGUAAUCUUCGUGGUCUUCUGUGAAGCCGCACCCCAACCACAAACAUACCACCAGGUGCGUCACCACAAGAAACACGAGGAGAAAACUGAAGAGAUCUACACCACUCCUGACUCUUCCGCCAGCCAUGCUUCCCUGGUAGUACCAGGCUCACAGCAUCAGGGCCAUAGCAGCUACCAGGCAGACCUCUUCAAUGAACAGCUGGGACGUCUACACCAUCAAUCUGCUCCUGGUAGCUACCAAUCUACUUCUAGUAGCUACCAAUCCGCCCUCGGGGGCCAUCAAUCUGCCCUAGAGGGGCACCAAACUGGGGCCACCUCAUGGUCAUCAACCUACAACCCUAGCAUCCCGAAGAUUUUCCAUGAACAGCGCAGGGAACACAUCUACCGAGCCAUAGAUGAAGCUGAUGAACUGGAUCACCAGGCGUCCAGGUAUGGUAAGGAGGUAGUUCACUCAGGUGAAUUGGGAACUGUUCAUCAGGGAUCCAGGUACAGUAAAGCUGGUGUUGUGGAACUGGUUCCUACAAGUGAACUAGGAACUGCCCAUCAGGGAUCCAGGUACACUAAAGCUGGUGUUGUGGAACUAGUUCCUACAAGUGAACUAGGAACUACUCACCAGGUAACUAGUUACACUAAAACCGGAAGGGUUGUGGGAAUGAAUCCUGAUCUAGGAACUAGUUAUGGGUCAAGAUAUGUAGAACUAACUCCUUCAGGUGUAAACUCUGUAAAAAGUAGUACCAAUUCAGAAUUUACCUCAAGUAACACAUACAGCAGUAGCUACACUGGCAGGAACACAGACAAGAAUAACGCCAAAAUGGAGGUGGAAUCCUUUGACAUUAAACCAGCUACCUAUGGCAUUCCAAGCAACUCUUAUGGGAAGUUAGUUACAGAUGUUCAUCAGACCCAUGGUAGUAUCCCACAGAGUGAAUCGGAGUUUGCCUCCCAUCAGAAAACCUUCUCAGGAUUUGAUCAGGAUGUGAAACAGACCAAACCCUAUGGUGGACAUUCUUCUUGGAGCUCGUGGAGCUCAUGGAGUUCAUGGUCUGAAGGAGCGGCUCCAGUGACAAGCUACUCAAGAUCUUAUGGGUCUGCCCCAAUUGUUAGUAGUUCAAACCUAGAUGUGAACCAAGGGUUGAGGAAUUACGGGUCUGGGACAGUUUUGUCAUCCGAUGUAAACCAGGGUCAUGUAGGUUCGAACCAGAGAAGUUCUGGAAACAUCUAUGGAAAACAUUCAACCAGGACCAGCACUGAACAUCAGGUUUCUCAAAAGUUAUUUGAUGAACAAAGACACAAACCUGGGUACACUUGGGUGGAGAAAACAUAUGAGUUGAAACCAGUUCUGCAGACUCCCACCUUCGAAACUAAACCAGUUGUACCAACUACUACUUUUGAAACUAGAUCAGUUGUGUCCACCUUCGAAACUAAACCAGUUGUACCAACUACUACUUUUGAAACUAAACCAGUUGUACCAACUACUACUUUUGAGACGAAACCAGUUUUCCCCUCAUCACAACCAUCCCUUAUGACAAGCAGUAAUGUAGAUACCCAUGAUCAUUCAUCGACUAGUUUUGAUAUCUUGGAAACAGCUCAUGAACCGUACACUGUGAAACUUCAACCAGUUCCCACUAGGAAACAUAUGGAGAGCGCUUCCUUGAAGAGGCAUGAAUCGUUUGUCAGCUCUGAGAAUACUGAACCAAUGACAAAAACCCACCAGGAAACAAUUGUGAUCAAGAAAUCGAACAGUAACUCCCCCACCACACAUGUGACCUCGAUUAACUACAAUUUGAACCCUGAUGGUACCGAGCAUGUGACAAGGGAAGAGAAGGAGGUGCCGAGUACUUUUGGAAAGUCCCUUGUAUCAGUUCCUGUAGUUUUUCCUGAGGGAACAAAAGAGGGUUCACAUCAAACUUCAUCUUCAUCCUAUAGUAGAACGGUGAGUGAGAAGAGUUCAACCCACAAACAAUCUGGUAUGGAUCAUGGUUUGAAUUCUAAUUUAAAUUCGGGUGUACAUCAGAUUAGUGCUAUGCCGUUGGUUAGUCCUCAGCCAUCAAGGGGUGACUCUGUUGAGAGCAGUUCACAUGUGACAAAUGUUUUCCAGACAUCUAAAACUGGUGGGGAGUUUGAUGAAGAUUUGGACGAAAAAGUGAAUGUGGGAGGUUCUAGAACAUGGUUCGGUACUGAGAACCUUGACAAAACCGCGCCUAAAACUCUAGUCACAGUGAAAACUGAAAGCAGAAACUCUUCAGAGGGUUGUUGAGACUAAACUGCAUGGCUCACCGACCCCCACACAUUCCUCCCAGUACUCUGCGUCAAGUUUCAAACAGGUUUCGAAUGUUGGUCAUCCUGACGGUGAGGCAUUCAGUGACGACUUUAUGACGUCACAGUUUGGCACACAGAAGAACGUUGAACGGUUGGAGAAGAUGAGGACCAGGCCAUAUUUCAAUGAGGGUGCUUUUGAGAGGUCGUCAGCGUACAGGUCUAGUGGUAAACAAGAGUUGGAAAAUGUUGGUGGUGUUGGUAGCACUGAUCAACAACAUUACUACAGCACCUCCCAGUAUUACCAACCUAAAACUGCGCAGGUACAUAUGGUGGAAGUGAGUAGUGUAGAACAGGAUAAGCUGCAGAAGGAAAUGAUGAGAAAGUUGGAGGAAAUGAUGGUGAAUAUGAGAGGGGAACAAUCUGCGAAAAUGACUUCUGGUAAUGUCAAGGAAUUCAGUCACAGUUACUUUGAAAAGUCAGGUGAUACUUCUACAAGUGGAGCUGACUGUGAUGGUAGUAGCAACGACAGAGAGGAAAUUGACCAGAUGUUUGAUCUGCAAAACCGUAGGGUACGGAACACUCAUGACGACUACCUCAAGUACGCUCGUUUAGCCAGUAAAAUUAUGCCUAGAAUGCAAACUACGAGAGAAACUACUAGUCAUUCAGUGUCAACCGAGGAGAAGAAAGAAACAUAUGGUUUGGACAACAUAGAUCACAGUUCUUACAGUAGGUUGCAGAAGCGGCAUCUGGUGGAAGAACCUAGAAGAGAGUCGAAAACUGUUGGUGAAAAUAGAGGUGGAAAUGUGGAGAAUGUUGGUGAAAAUGAAGGAGAAAAGGUGGAAAAUGUUGGUGAAAAUGUAGGAGAGAAUGUGGAAACUGUUGGUGAAAAUGCAGGAGGAAAUGUGGAAGCUGUUGGUGAAAAUUUAGGAGGAAAUGUAGAAGCUGUUAGUAAAAAUUUAGGAGGAAAGUUGGAAGAAAAUUAUCAACCAGUUGAAGGAACCCCAGAAGAAGACACAGAAGAGAACGAUUCAAACGAAAGGGAAGGUAAUGUAAAUUCGGAACAACAGAACACUGAGGAACAACCGUUGGAGGGAACAAACAAUCAUGAAUCAACCACAAAUACCAGAUCUAAAAGAAGUUUUCUCCCAGGUGAUUACUAUCCUUCAUUCUAUGAGCCACCUGGAAGUUUUGACGAUUACUACAGAAAACAGUUGAGGAAAAGUUUGGUUGACAGGGAAAGUAAUGAGAUUCCUUUCAGUAACAAGUAUCAAGAAGAGUUGAACAGUUUUCUGUCUGAGCCGGUUGAUAAUCAACAGCAAGCUAUGGGUGUAAAUUUUGAGGAUGUGAAUGAUCAACAUCAAACUAUGGGUGUGGAUUUUGAGGAUGUGAAUAAUCAACAACAAACUAUGGAUGUGAAUUUUGAGGAUGUGAAUAAUCAACAACAAACGAUGGGUGUGAAUUUUGAAGGUGUGAAUGAUAUCAAGAAUGAAAUUUCCCCGAUUGCAGGACAGGACUCCGAUGAUAAAAAUAAUGUACAAAACUCAGGUGACAAAUUUAAAACAAAUUUGAAUAGUGGUAAAAUAAAUUAUUCUGAAAUACAACAGUUGGUGAAGAGUUACAUAGAGGGGUUGGAAGUUUUGAGCCAACUCAGUACCGGUAAUCAAGGAGGGAACGGUCUAGAUGAAAAUGAUGGUCAGAGAACUUUGGACGAUGUUUAUCAACAGAGAACUAAUGAUGGAAAUGUGAUUGAUUACAGUAAUUCAGAACAGAGCUCUGGUAAUGAUUACUAUGACAAGUAUACCAACCUGUUGAAUCAGGCUACAAAAGAUUUGUAUCAGGUUAUUUUUGAAAGUGCUGAGAAGAGUGACGACCAGGAGAGAGAGAUACAAUCACGACUGGACGGUGAAGUAGCAUUGAUUUUGUCUCAAGUUGGGGAUGAGAUGAAGAAAAUUGUCGAAGAUGAAAAGAGAAGGAAGAAUCUGUAUGGCGAUUAUGAAACAAAUAAUCAAGAAAUUGAGAAAACUGUGGGAAGUGAAUCCAAUAAUGAACAAAAUUAUGAAGAAGGUAAUAAGCCUAAUUAUUAUGGGGAUAAGAAUGUAUUCAACCCUGUCAAUCAGAACCUAAUUCGAAUAUUGGGAGUGGAUAUCCUCAAGAACCACGGACUCCUUAUGGUAACCCAGAAUUUGAAUCAUUUUUGAAACAUUUAUACAACUUGGAGCAAAAUUCAAAGGUGCCAACCUAUGAUGCUCCUCCACAAGGAAUCUAUGUACUUUCUCCAGGUUUGUUGUAUUGGAAUGGAUUUAGAACGUCACUACAGGAAAUGUAUAACAAUAAAAAUCAUGGACAAACACAACAGACUUCAACAGAGUUGUUGAAUAAUGGAGAAGUGUAUGGAAAAGAAAAGGCUGAAAAUGACCAACAGGAGAGACAAGAAAUUUUUGAAAAUCCUGUUGUAAAUUCGUAUCUGAGUCAAUCAUCACAGGGUAACUCUCAAAGUCGUAGUAGUUCUCCCGCUAGAAUCAACAGUAAAUUUGACAAAAAAUUCUGGGAAACUGAAAACCACCAAGAAACUGAAGCAGAUAUGAUAGCUCGCCAGUUAAAUUUGCCGACAGAGUUUGUUGAAGCAGCUCAGAAAAAUAGCCCAGAUUUGUUUUCGGAGGCAGAAACUACUCUAAAACCUAAUGAAGAAGAGUUAAAGUACGACGAACUUCUAGAAUCUAUGGUGGAGCUGGCAAAAACGUACGAAUCACAGCCUCCAAAUGAGCCGAUUGUUACAAAGAGUUAUGUGUCUGAGUUGGGAGGUGAGGCAUUUUUGGGUGAGAAAACUGGAGAGGUUACUAAAUUUGAUGGAGCUACUGUAGAAGAGAGCACGGCGAGGGAUACAGAGCAGAUGGAGGACAAAAAUUUCGAAUUUGAUAUAAUAGAAACACCUGUAGCUCUACAACAACAACAGGAAGUACCUGAAGUUGUGGUACAACAACAGGAAGCUACUGUUGUUGUAGACAAGAAACCAGAAUCUGAAGUAUUUGAAACACAGACAGCAUCUACAUCUUUCUGGGACAAAAUGCGGAACAAAUUGAAGAAAUCGAUCAGUACCACUAAGGGAAAAAUCGCAGAGGUUUCAGAUUCGAUCACUAGUAGGGUACAGCAAUCGGUUCCUGAACUUCAGUCAUUGUAAUUAUCGUCCAUGGUACUGAAUUUUGAUUACCAUUCCAGUAUUUUGUUUUGUUCUUCAACUGCUUAUGUCAACCUUCAAAGUUUUUGAUUAUUUUGAAAAAUUUGUUGUGUCAACCUUCAAAGUUUAUAAAUAUUUUUUUAUAUUUGUUUAGUUGUCAACUUUCAAAGUUUAUAGUUAUUUUGUAAUAUUUGGUUGUCAACCUUCAAAGUUUAUAAAUAUUUUGUAAUAUUUGUUUGGUUGUCAACCUCCAAAGUUUAUAAUAUUAUUUUGUAAUAUUUGUUUUGUUGUCAACCUUCAAAGUUUUGUAUUAUUUUGAAAAAAUUGUUUUGUCAAUCUUCAAAGUUUUUGACUAUUUUGUUAUAUUUAUUUGGUUGUCAACCUUCAAAGUUUAUAAUUAUUCUGUAAUUCUGUAUUUGUUUGGUCGUCAACCAUUAUAGUUUUUAAUUAUUUGGAAAAAAUUGUCUGCUUUCUCUAUUCGAUGUGUAAUAAUUUAAAAUAUUUAAUUAUUGAUUAGAUCUGUAAUCAUGUCAAUUAUCGCAAGUGUAUGUUUUCUCAAUAAUUAAUACAAAGUGUAUGUUUUAUGCAGCUCAAUUGUUAAUCAAGUUUCAAAAUUUCAGAUGAGAUUGCUUAUAAAUGUUUCAAGUUCUCCAUUCGAGUAGCCUAAUCUAUCAUACACUACUUAUGUGAAUAAAUUAUUGACAAUCCUUUUUCAAGUUUACAGCUAGUUAGUUAACAGGCUGAAAAUUAAGGGAUUCAAUAAUGUCUUCAUCUAAUUUAUGUUCAUCUUAUUGAUUAAUAUAUUCAUUCAUUCAUCUAGUAGGCUAAUAUUUGGUGUCAAUCAUUAUUGUUAUUGCAUCAUAGAUGUAGCUUUCUUCUCAGAAUUAAAGUUUUCUAUUUAUUUAUUUAUUGUAAUAUAAUUGGAAAAUAUAUUAUUUAUUGAUUCACUUCAGUAA